CCCGACAAACCGGUUUCAUGUCAAUUAAAUUAGAAGGCUCGAGUAUAGUCAUAAUAGCUCUCUUGGAGAGGAAAACACCAGCCAAGUUAAGUCGACACCAAAUAUUCGUCUUGAACCACGAUUGAAAAUUAUUAGGAUACCUCUGCAAAUUAAGGUCGUGAAUCUAUAUCAUGUUGCUGUCAACUAAAGGACUUUUGGUAACUGCGUCUUUGCUGGUUUUGAACACCAUAUCGUGCGAUCCAGAUCCGAAUUUGUGCAACCUCAAUCAAAAACACAUUGCUCUGCUAAACGCAACGAUCAGGUCAUUUGAAACUAAUGAACGAUUAGGUGGGAAAAACGUGGAGCAAAAACCGCAGAGCACUGCUUUUGAGCCGGAAAAAGUUUGUUGGCGAAAAUUCUACAACCUUCUCACAUCGCUCAGAGAAUUGGACCGGAAUGAUAAUAACAAGUGCGAAAAUGAAACUGGAGUGGCUUGCGUGGACUCAAAAUUUGAGCUUGUGCGAAGGAGUCUGAAUGAAAUGAUCAAAAGUUCCGAAUGGACUUCGAGAACGGCUCUGAAGAAACUGAAACCGUCCAUUGACAAUCUUUACAAAAGACUUUAUGAGGAGACGCUCGCGAAUCAGAAUAUUGACGACGUUUUACCACUGGUCAAGUCUAAGAUUCGCGAAGAAAAUUACAAGGAAGCUGCCGCUUUGUUGACCCGCUCGACGGAAAGACUCACUUUAGAAGAGAUGGAAAAUGUCGCGAUGAAAAUGAACUUCUUCAUAAAAGACAGCAUAAAAAAAUCACUACUUUUCGCCAGCCAUUUAAAAGCAAGCAAAAUUUCGUAUGCAGUGGCACAGAGUAUAUUUUGGGCAAUAAAUGAUCAGAAAAAACAGGAAGAUUUAGAGACUUUACACCUGUACUAUGUGAUCGAGUCUGUGAUGGAUGAAAAAAACUACGGGGAGCAAAGUGUAGAUUUCAGAAGACGAUUAUCCUUUCUUAUAAGAGAAGUCUACGAGCAUAAGAAUAAAUUGGUCUUGAAACUUUUGAACGAUUUGGAAAAUCAAAGUUACGAUUCUUUAAAAAAUGCUGAAGAUUACUUUGCCCCUGAAAAAUUGCAAAAACUUUUGCCUGAAUUAACGACCAAAAAACUGGAAAGCUAUUUUGAGUCUUCGAUUGACUUCAUGAUCCAAGCAGCGUCAAAAUUAUCCAGUAUCGGCAAUCAAUGUAUUGUGAUGGAAGCAAUUUACGAAAAAAUUCAGCAGCUGCACGACUCCUCGUCUAUUGAAGCGUUUCAGGUGUUCCUCUUCACGAGAAAAACUAUUGACGAGGAGCCCAACUUUAAAACGGAAGACAUUUUAUUUAAACGCAAAUGUGUAAAUGUCUUGAAUGGUCUCGAAGAUUACAAAGAAGUUCAUUUAGACUUAUUUUAUAAAAUGUUCGAUGACCAAAAAUCGUGGCGCCCAUUGAUCGGAAAAAUUUACAGCCACCCGCUUUCCAUGAAGUGGAUGCUGCCGGAUUUGAUUGAAAACCAGUACCAAGGCAAACCAGAAAAGCUCCGAAGCUUAAUCAGUUUUUAUAAAAAAUUGAAUUCCUUUGAAUACUCUCACAUUUUUCUGCACAGUUUAAUUCGGCAGUUACGGAUGUUUGACGAAGUAAACAGUUUUGACGCGUUUCGCGUCUUCCACCACUUGAAAACUGUAAUGACGCACCCUCAGUAUUCCCAAGAGGGCCACAUAUUCCAGAGAAAAUGUGAAACGGCCAAGUUGCUGGCUCCCAUUUGGAUCGAAAAAAUUUUGUGGAACAAAACCGAGAGCUGCAAAAUCAAGAAUAAGUCCACUGGCGAGAAUUUAAUUUGCUCCGAACAAAAUGCGCGCACUGAAAAUUUUAAUCUCAUUUUUACUGCUGGUGAAAACGAGCAGCAGAGAAGCAACAUCAAGUGGACGAUUAAAAUCGAUUACGAGGAUGCACAAUUACUCCUGCAAAAUAGGUUUCAAAUGAAUUCGUAUCUGCACCACGGUUUGGGGUUGCCGACAGCUUAUGGCACUCGGGACGGCUGGAAAGGCUGGUCAGGCCACAGCGACGAAAAGUGGAAGAUCGAAGGAGUUGGUGAAGAAUUCAUAAAACUUUACUACGCCGAUGGUCUCUACUUGACAGGAACUACAAGGAGGUGCGCGGGAUCAAAUAAUUGUGUGGAUAUUAAAAGGGGCUCAAGGGAUUCGCUGCAGCAAUGGAAAUUUGAAUGUGAUUAAAACAGUGAUUUAAAAAAAACAUUAAUAAAAUAUUUUGCUAUGCCUAAUAAAAUAUUAUGAUUUUCCCUUAUUUUACUACCAUGUUAAUAAUAUUAUUAAUUAAUUAAAAAAACACCUGCAAAUCAAAUUUAUACAGGGAUUG